CUCCCAUUUUCACAUUUCCUUCCUUUUCAUCACAUUUUCUAUCCAAGUAAAUAACCCUUUUCCAAUUGAGGUUGUAGUAUUACUAUAGAAAAAAAAAAAAUGGUCGGUAAUGCACCCAUAGGCGAUGCACCUGACUUGGAACGCCAGCCAUUACUUCGCAGCAAUCAAGACUCUGCCCGUCCCAGCACUGGAGUUCAGGCUAGGUCUCAUAUCCCUUCAGGCCUUACUCGACAAACCCGCUCUCCAGAACGUCGGCAAAGACAUGAGUCUAUCCAAAAAUGCUGGAGAAUUGGCAUCCUGGCCAUUCUCCUUGCUUUACUCGGAUACAUCAUCAUGGGUGUUUAUGAUCUUUUCAAUAGAGGACAUAUUAAUGGCUCUCCUUUCAAGCAUCUGGUUGGUUCCUGUGACAACGUCAUGCCAAUCAGCCAAAUGGAAUUUGAGGAACGCCGACUGAAUCUCUCGCGCGUUUUGGUGGAUCACAAGGCGUCCGCAUACAUUGCUGAACCCGGCACUAACAUGAGAUAUUUCACCAAUAUUCGCUGGUCUCAGUCUGAGCGCCCUUUCCUCCUAGUAGUGCAAGCUAGGCGUGAUAAAGACAAAUCUGACCAAGUACUGACUAGGACAACGAUUGUUGCGCCUGCAUUUGAGGCAUCGAGGGCUAGGCAGAAGAUCAUGCCUGGAUCAAACAUGUCGAUCAGGACUUGGGAGGAAGGAGAAUCGGCAUAUAAAGCUGUCCGUCAAGUUUUGGAUACACCCUUGGUUGAUUCCGACAGCGGGGACGAGGUUGAUUACAGGGCAGAGGGUGUGAAGCCCAAACCCGAGGAUGAGCAGAUCUACAUUGAUCCCGACAUGCGUCAGUUUGUCUCCUAUGGCCUUGCCACCGCACUAGAGAGUUCGACCCGUAAAGUUAUGAUCGCAAACCGUGCAGUAUCAUUACUUCGACAGCAAAAGACUGCACAUGAAAUUGAAAUUCUCCGUUGUGUCUCUCAGACGACUGUGAACGUCAUUCGAGCAGUAAAGGGGCAUAUUCAAGUAGGCAUUCAUGAAUCGAAAGUGCAGUCCCUUUUGACGGAGGCUUAUAGUGAGGCUGGGCUUGAAUAUGAAGACGGCGGAAGUCUGGUUCUCUUUGGCAAAAAUGCGGCUCUUCCUCAUGGCAGUGGUAACGAUACAGAGCUUGAAAAAGGGAUGAUGGUCUUGAUAGACUCGGGCGCUCGUUUGCAUGGUUAUCUGUCAGAUAUCACACGGACGUUCUGGGUCGAGCGUGGGCCGAGCAAGGAGAUGAAUGAGGAGCUGGAUAAGGUCUGGGAUAUUGUCAAACAAGCACAGAACGCAUCACUCCAUGCGAUUCAUCCAGGAGCGGCCUGUAGUUCAAUCGAUAAGGCUGCUCGCAAUUUGAUUGACUCAAAGGGUUACGGUGGGUGGUUCACGCACCGAUUGGGCCAUGGUUUAGGUAUGGAUGGCCAUGAAGAACCAUAUUUAAACAUUGGGAAUACCGAAACAGAGCUUCGACCAGGGAUGGUCUUUACCAAUGAGCCAGGCAUCUAUGUGGAAGGAUCGUAUGGGAUCCGACUCGAGGAUGUUAUUUUAGUCACCGAGACUGGAUACGAGAUCCUCAGUGGUGAUCUGGCCAAGUCAGCUGAGGAACCAUAAUUAUAAUAAUUAUAUUAAAAUAAAUAUAAAUUAAACGCUUUUAGAUAUCAC